AGGUGGAGGAGGAGGAGCUUUAACGUGGAGGUUAAAACCCCGAGCCCCCGCAGAGUGACCCACGCUGAGGCUCUGCGGGGCAGCUUUGCACAGGGACACGCAGCAUCACUACUGUGUGACAGUGGACCAGAGAGAGAGAGACCAGAUCUGACAUCCACGGAGAAAAGAAACACAUCAUCCAGACAAACUUCCCGAGCAGGUCCCGGGACACAUCAGCACGUACUAUGAUGAUUAAGCCGUAUGUGAGACAAGGCGAGGGAGAGGAGGUCGUCAGCCCUCUGCAGUGGAUGGAUGGAGACGUGAGCUCACCCGAUGGGGAUGGGUUGGCCUCAUCACACCACUACAGAGCAGGUGGAGUGAACCAACAGGCCAGUGAGAUGGGGAGUGAGGACGCAGAGGAGGACGAGGAGGAUGAGGAGGGACGGGAGAAUGAAAACGAGUCAAAACGACGAGGGCCCAAGAAAAAGAGGAUGACCAAGGCCCGGCAGGAGCGGUUCCGUGCAAGGCGCGUGAAGGCUAACGCCAGAGAGCGCUCACGUAUGCACGGUCUGAACGAUGCACUGGAGAACCUGCGCAGCAUCAUGCCCUGUCACUCCAAAACACAGAAACUGUCCAAGAUCGAGACGUUGCGGCUGGCACGCAACUACAUCUGCGCUCUGUCCGAGGCCCUGGAGGGGGGCGUUUCUACAGAGAGCAGGGCUUUCAUGGAGACACUGUGUAAGGGCCUCUCACAGCCCACCACCAACCUGGUGGCCGGCUGCUUGCAGCUGGGACCAGCUUCUGGCGGCGGGAUGAGGCCUGAGGACAGACACAGAAUUCGGGCAGCACCUACUCCUCUCAGUGGCAUGGUGAGCUACUCCUCUCCAGGCCUGCCAAGUCCGCCAUAUGGCACUUUUGACUCUGCUCACCUGCUUCACCUGAGGGCGAUGAAAGGGGGAGUCUAUGAGAAUCACUCGCCAAAUGAGUAUAAUGCCGGAGGUGUGGGAACGCCUCCGUACGACGGCCCCCCGACACCACCUCUGAGCAUCAGCAGCAACCUGGUGCCCAAACAGGAGCCUUCACCCCACUACCCACCCCAACACCACUACUCCCCUUCCCCUGUGGACCAGGGCCUGUAUCAGACUCAGACCAGCUAUGACGUACAUUUAGACGGGUCAUAUGACUCCUAUCAUCCACCGCACAUGGCCCCCCGACAGAUAACCUCAGUCUACAGAGACUAACGCGAAUCAGGAGGGUCGACCCUGCUUCAACCGUCAAUACAACCCGACUGAUUGUCCUCGCUCGAUGUCACUUGGACUUUAAGACUGAAGGAUGAAUCUUUCUCAGUAGACUGUCCGCUUGUAGAAGAACUGUAGAGUAAAAUGGUUUGUUUACAUGUGUGGCGCACUUAGACUAGCACCGCUGAACAUUGUUAAAAUUAGAAAAUACUUGACUUAGGCUGAAAAACACUGCUUACCAAAUGAUUUCGCAACAGAAACUGUUGCUUUUGCCAUUUUGACCAGAUGUCCUGUUACUGUGAUAUAAGCACUUCUAAUUUAGCUUUGGUGACAUCAGAUAUUCUACAUAAAUUAAAAGUAUUUCUAUUUAUUCUCUAAUUUAAUACAGUGUAUAUGGACUUUGUUCUGAUGUGCAAGUAUGUGUCUGGUUUUCCUUCCUGUAUAUAUAUUUGUGAUCAAAGCCUCUCUCUGUUUGCUACUUAGACUCAUAGUUUAUCUCUUCUAUUUCUCCUGUGUCCACUUUUCUUUGUUGUUCGUUACAUUUCAUGUUUUGCACUCAAAACAGGGGUAGAUUUCCUAGCACAGUUUAAACAGGUCAUUAAGAGAUGUUGUCUAGAGAAGGAAGAUGUCUGAAUUUUUAAAAAAACUGGAAGAAAAUACAAAAGCAAAAAUGUCAUUCUCAGGUAAAACUGUGAAAAAGAAUAUCUUUUAUCUUUACAAUGCAUUUUGCAUUGGAUACCAUGUAUUUUUCCUAAUUCUUUGUUUUUCUUUUGGGAAUUUUGCA